AGGUGGCACAAAUGUUUAUAGUAGUUUCAGAAUUUCUGACGGUCGAUGUUUACUGAUUUUUCUUCUGCAAACCAAAGCCUAAUCUAGAUUGCAAAAUCGCGCGAAUUUCCUUUGAGUUUAUUGUUAAAGAACGACUUACAACGUCUAGAUCAAAUAUGCAUUCAGUCAGCAUUUUGGUUUUGAUCGUAGCAGUCGUUGCUGCAGUUGCGUGUGCACCACAGAGCGCGCGGCGAAAUUUGGAUAACCGGAUGGCAUCCCGCAGCCUGGGCGAAUUCGCCAUGAUGAUUUACGCUACAACUGGUCGUUGCUGGUCACAUUACGCUGGAUAUGGGAAGUAUUGCGGACCGAUGGGCAGCGGCCGUCCGGUAGACGCCACCGACACGUGUUGCCGCGAUCACGAUGUCUGCUACGACAACAUCGCCAUGCUGUGCCCGGGGGCGGCUGCCUAUCUGCGACGAUACCAGUGGACCAUCUCCAACAUGACGCCAUCCUGCGUUGCCGAUCAGGAACCGUGUGGUUAUGUGCUGUGCGAAUGUGACCGUGUCAUGGCGGAGUGUCUGAAACGAUCGCCUUACAAUAUGAAUUACGCCCCGUCCGGCGUUCCCGUCGGGCCACCGGUGGCUAAUCCCGAUCCUAAUAAUUUUUUAUGCUUUAUGUAAUGAAAAGGCGGUAGCCACUAGCCAGUAAUUCUGUUGCAGAAAAGCUAUUAGAAAUGAUGCGCCGUGUUAAUUUCGUAUUCGUCCAGUUCUGCAAAGUUAUUCAUGUAACAGUUUCAGCGGCCUCCAAAAAAGCGUAAAGCAGCGAAGCCCUUG